GUGUCUGGCUGCACCCAUCUCAAAGAAGAGCUGGAGCUGCUGAGACACCAGAACAAACAGCUCAACGACCGCCUGCACGAGCUUGGCUACCCGGCCGAGCAGAUCACAGACUCGGAGAAACUCCUCCUUAAGUUCUCCACAGGCCCCGCCUCUUCCUCCGCCCCCAACACAGGCUCCACCUCCAAGGGCCAGGAAAGCCAAUCAGACACUGAGUGUUUACCCAAAAGUACUAGUUGUGACAGCCUGUCCACUGAUGGAGGCGGGGCGAAAGGCGGUCUUCCUCACUCCCUCUCCUCCUCCCAUCACAACAACCACCACCACAUAGCUCCGCCCACAUUCUCCUCCGCAUCCCUCCCGCCUCCUUCCACAUCGUCCUCCUCACACCUCCUCACCGGCUCGUCGGGGCCCAUCCUUAUCCCAGGUUCCUCCUCCUCUCACCACCAUGACGACCACGCCCACCACCACAAAGACUCAUCCUCUGGACACCUUGUCAUCGGAGAGGGCGGGGCUUCCGAGCUGCGUCGCUCCACCUCCCUGUCGGCCUCAGAGCCGGGCCUGUCCCUCCCGGACCUGUGCGGCACGCCCGACCACCCGUCGGUGCUGUCGCUGGAGGGCGCCAACUGGGACAAACAGAGCAACAAGUCGGCCAACAGUGACGGCGGAUUGAGCGAGGCUUCUGUGGCCUGCCUCACGGAGCGCAUCCUGCAGAUGGAGGAGACCAACUACUCCACCACGGAAGAGCUGCAGGCCACGCUGCAGUACACGGAUACAGUUGGAACAGCUCAAGUGCCUGCUGAUCUCCGGCGAGCUCCCGGACAAGUCUGAGAGGGACGGACAUCUGCUGGGUCUGCUCAAGUCAGCUCAGGAGGAGAGGGAGGAGCUGAUGAGGAAGCAGACAGAGUGGUCCAACGCCAUGCAGGCUCUGGAGAAUGAGUGUAGGGACGCUCACGAGGCAGGGGAGGCUCUCCGGGACAGGUUCAGCCUGCUGGAAGACGGCAACAAGAGCCUGCUGGCAGACAGGAAGGAGCUGGAGAAUCAGCUACAGGAGAUGAAGGAGUCGCAGGAGGCUGAGCACAUCGAGGUCAAAAGGCUCAAGACUCUGUUGGAGAAUGAGAAGAGCAAGGUGUGUGAGUUGGAGACAGCUCGCCAGGCACAGGACAAGACAGACGUGGAAGCUCUGCUGGACUGCGCCAGGCAGGACAAGGCUCGGCUGGAGCAACGAGUGGCCGACCUGACAGAGUCCCUGGCCCUCAGCCAAUGUGAGGUCACUCGCCUCAAGGACUGUCUGGCAACCAAGGAGCAAGAUCUGAUAGGUGUUCAACACAAUGGAUCGCGAGCUGGCCGCCCUGAGGGAGGGUCGCUCCCCCUUGGACCAGCGCAGCCAGAGCAUCUCGGUCAAGUCGCUGAUCCGCUCCAUUGAGGAGCAGGUUAAGUCAGGCUGCUCCUCCAUCCACUCCAGCCGCUCCGAGUCUCGGCGAAGCUCCGCCUCCUCAGACAUCUCGCUGAAAGACCUGGUCAAGUCGCCCACCUCCCCUCUGCCCACGCCUGACAGCCCGCGCUCGCCCACCAAGGACUUCAGUCUCCGCUCGUCGAGUUUUCGGGGGAAAUCCACGAGUGGGGACAUCUCUCCACAACAGAGACUUGGGGGCGGGGUCUCUGGGGGCGGAACUGUUAUUGGGGGCGGUCCCAGCCCUGGAGAAGGCGGGUCAAAGAACAUUUUGGGGUCAAGGGGAGAGGCCGGGGAGGCGGGGUCAGCGGGGAAGUCCACUCCGCAGAUUUCCUCCAUUCUCAAGGACAGGAGCACGCCCAGACGGAACAGCGGGGCUGUGGAAGUGGACACCUCAAAGAAAGAAACCCCGGGCAAAGACCCGCUGGCCUCACUGGCUAAGCUGAUGAAAGGCUCCAAGAGAAACGCCUUGCUGAAGUGGUGUCAGCUCAAGACAAUCAACUACUCUUAUGUUGACAUCACCAACUUCAGCAGCAGUUGGAAUGAUGGUCUCGGCUUCUGUGCUCUGCUGCAUUGUUAUCUGCCCGACAAGAUUCCUUAUGCUGAUCUCUCCUCCGAAGAUAAGAGGAAAAACUUCACAAUUGCAUUUAAUGCAGGAGAGAGUGUGGGAAUCAAGUCCAACCUGAACAUCAACGACAUGGUGGCCAUGGAGCGGCCUGACUGGCAAGCUGUGAUGAAUUACGUCACCGCCAUCUACAAACACUUUGAAGUGGACAAACAGUGACCGCUGGCCUGGCUAGGUGUUGCUAUUGAGGAACAAACAGAAAACUGACGGAUUUUUUUCUCUCUCUCGUUUUGCCCAGAAACAGUUCAUAGACUUUCAUCUGAGCUCAGGAUGCAUGACCAUUUCAGGACAAGGGCUGUGUAUCAUGAUACAGACAUCAAUUUGUAAUGUUGCAUGAUACAGGUAUCAUUUUGUUAGAUUCAUGAGAAGGGAGCACCACCCUUCAGAUAUGGGUAUAUGAAAUGUGUGAACUAUGGAGUAUAGCUUUAUGUAGAUACCAUUGAAAUAAUAAUGAGAUAAAGUUAGCAUACUGAAUUUAUCUUAUGAAGGUCGGAGAAGGGUUGAGUGAACGGAAUGUAGAUGGGGCUGCUACCGAUAUAUAUUGUAUAUGCAAAUCAAAAUUAUAUUAGACGACCACCCAUUGUAAAAUGGCCGUCUUAGAUAGGUGGCUGUCUUACGAUGUCACUUUGGUGUAAGAAAAAUGCAAUGAGGGAAACAGGAAAUGGCUGUUUGAGCAGGUGGCUUUUAGAAUAGGUUUGACUAUAAUUUGAAUAUAAUUUGAUGUGGUAAGAAAGGCGAAGACUUACUCAAGAGUUUAUGAUUUUAAAGCCUUAAAAAAGAAACUAUGAAUUAUUUUAAAGAAAAAUCAUAGCCGUUCUGUUUUUGUCAGAGUUGCCAUUUUUCCGGAUAAAUUUAGGAAUUCUGAUUUUUUAAAUUGUCUGAAUAUUUAUAUUUUGAUCUCUUUGUGCAUUCUAUAUAUAUAUAUAUUGAACAUUAUAUAGAAAAAGUCUUGAAACAAGAUGAUGUAUUACACAGUAUGUUCAGUAUAGUUUGAUUCCUCGAAUGUGCAUCUACGGGGUCAAAAAGUUCAGGAUUAUUUUAUUGGGUUUGUUUAAAAGCAAGUUGGCACCUCUAAGUUGUAUUUUUUUUUUGCCAUAGCUGGAGCUAUUCUCUUGUUGUCAGAGUCUACUGUUGUAAGGAGGAGGUCAGGGUACAAAAGGUUAAGCCUACUCAGCGGGUUUGCAAGGACGCUAGGGGGCGGUGGGAUACUUGGAUGUCUACGCAAGCUUUUGGAGCCGGGGCUGCUGUGCCUUGUCUUGGUUGUUUGUAGUGGGGAUUGAUGUGUGUUUGUGUUUGAUUUCAUGUGUGGAGAGAAAAUAUGU